CUUCCCACUUCCCUCCCCUUUCACCCCCCAAUCUUCUGAUUGCUGCGUUGAUAUUUGAUAUUUAUUUGUCGUAUUGUGAGAUACUGCCAAUACUUAUCACUCCACUCUCCGUUUAUGCGCCACACCACUACCUCGGUCCUUUGAAGUGCAAGGCAGCUGCACUGCCUCCCCCCAUUCAGCCAUGUGGAACGACGAGGACAACAAUCCGUACGGCGCAUUCGACAACGAGGCGCAACUCUCGGAGUCUUUGCACUCUGCCGCUCUUUCUCCCUUCUUCUCAACAAGACCCCCCGACUACCUGACUCGCCAACAAAAUCUCAGCGAUGAGGAGGAAGAUGGAUAUCCCGAGCAGGAAGCUGGGGGCUAUUCCCGCAAGAGCGUGUACGACAGUCGCAUAGAGCAGAUCCUGUACGAGAAUCCGGAAAUGCCGAUUCUCAUCACCGAUGCCGGAAAGAAUCACGAAAGUGGCGGGGGCUACAUCGUGUAUACCAUCCGAACUGGGGAUCUAGAGGUCAGACGGAGAUAUUCCGAAUUUGCGUCGCUGCGCCAGACCCUCGUUAACCUCCACCCGACCCUCAUCGUGCCGCCCAUUCCGGAGAAACAUACAAUGGCGGACUAUGCUGCGAAACCGACCAAGGCGAAGGAGGAUACCGCGAUUAUCGACCUGCGAAAACGGAUGCUAGCCGUCUUUCUGAAUCGGUGUCGACGGAUGAAGGAGGUCCGAGAGGAUGGGGUCUGGUGGAGAUUCUUGGACCCCAAUGUUAGCUGGAGCGAGGUCCUUCAUUCGCAUCCCGCGUCCUCGGUGCCGAAAAACAACCUGAAAGCUCCCCCUCUCGACCCGGCCAACCCUACACCUGCGCACGCGUGGCUUCCUAUCCCAGCGACCUCAGCAAAGCUCAAGGGCGCACCUGGUACUGCGUCCACCGGUACCUCCCCGACUUCCGAAACACCUGGUCCGGAUAUUCUGGGGCGUUUCCCGCCCGAGUCGCGGAAACUGAGUGAGAAGGAGUUGGACCCUUACUUCAUCAACUUCGAAGCCUCUACACGCGAGCUGGAAUUGCUACUCCAGGGCAAUAUGGAGAAGGUCAAUCGUCGGACAUUGACCCAUCUGUCGGCGUUGUCCGCGGAUCUGAUGGAGCUUGGAGCGCGGUACAACGGCUUCUCAUUAUCCGAGCAGUCGCCGACCGUUGCGGCAGCCAUCGAACGGAUUGGGCAGGCGGCCGACACGUCUUACAUCGAAACCGAAGAACUGUCGGCUUCUCUGGGUGCGAACUUUGCAGAGCCCAUGAGAGAAAGUGCGCAGUUCGCCAGUGUCGUCCGCAGCGUUCUGCGUUACCGCGUCCUGAAGCGGGUGCAGGAGGAAAUGACGCGCGAUGAGCUUGCCAAGAAGAAGGCAUUGCUCGAUUCGUUGGAGAAGAGCGAACUGGAAGCACGGCGUCUGGAGGAAUACCUGAGCCGAGCGCCGUCCCAGCCGACUCGGACGAAACCCCAGCGCUCGCUAUCGACAUCAUCGGCGGCUAGUGCCCCAAGUGGCCAGGAGGUCGAGCCACGCCCCAGCGGCCCAGAGGACACUGCUUCCAUCGACUCGGAUUUCCCCUCGACUCACGGGGAGUCCGCCGGCCCGUAUCCUCCGGCUUCACCAAAGCGGUCCGACCCGUCGUCCUCUCCACCGGCACACCGCAAGACGCCCAGUGGAACAUUCAUGGGCAAUAAAAUCUUCGGCCGUAUCAGCCACGCUGUUCAUGGGUUCGUAGAUGUAGAUCCGGAAAAGACCCGGCGGGACCAGAUCGGCAAGACGCAGGAAAGUUUACUUCAGCUCGAACAGGCCCUCAAAGUAUCCGAAAAUGACGUCAAGGACGCCAGCGCCGGUGUCCUCCAAGACCUCAAACGAUUCCAGCAAGAUAAAGAAGCCGAUCUCCGACGGUACAUGGUCGCAUACGCCCGCUGCCAUCUGGACUGGGCGCGCAAAAACAUGGAAAACUGGACGGAGGCCAAAGACGAGGUGGACAAGAUCGUCGUUUAAUAGACGGUACUGUUUGAAGCAAGCACCGUGCUAUGAACUUGCGAAGAAGCCGGCGUUGGUGGGAUUUUAUCUUUAUCUUCGAUAUGUUAUCUAUCCUAUGGGUCAAUCUCAAUCAAGCUGGGCAACCAAUCCAUUACUACCGCAGAUUGGCGAGUCGCCUGGUGCUUUGCACCCUGUCAUCCAUCACUUCAAUCAAUAUAUGAAGUAUGAUUAUGAGCUCGGGAUGUAUAUUUUCUCCCAAGUAUAAUAUAUCGCUAGCGAUACUAUAUCUGCACGAUAUAUGGGUAAGACUUUGAAUAUUUG